AUGCGCCCUCCACUUACAUCAGCCGACGCGCCUUCUAUGGCAGACUCCCUGCCCAGUAUCAACUUUGGAUUCGAUGAGCUGCGCGACCGUAUGGCCAAAUUCACAGUUAGAUUCGACAACUUCAUAGAGCAGGGCCGGAAGCGAGUGUUGGAAGAAAGAAACCAGUUCCGCAUGAAUGUAGCUGAGUUACAAGAGGAUCAACGGAUGAAGAAAAAAGACAUCGAGAUCCUAUCUUCGAAAACCAGCGCCCAUCAGCAGACCCUAGAAAAAGAAAUGGCGGAGACGAAUGAAAUGCAAGCGGCCAUAGCGUCUCUGAGCAUGCAACGAGAUGCCCACCUAGUGACGAAGGAGAGUCUCAAACAACAAAUUGCAGAGACCCAGAAACAAAUAGAUGCACGGCUUGCUGCACAACGAGCUCAUGCCCAACACCAAGAUUCCCAAUCUCGGUUCAACAUACCCGAACUCGACUUUUGGACUUCGACACUGUGUAUGACCCUCGAGGGGGCAGGGCAAGAUGACAGACUGAAGUUUGUCUUUACCCAUAUUGAUGAUCGCGACUGGACCAGAGAGGCUUUUUUCGAGUUAGACACUUCAAAGAGGGAUUAUGAAAUUCCAUAUUGCAAACCAAAGCUAGAGAAGGAUCAAAUCGAGCGGGUUCUGGAUCAGUUGAACGAGCAUAGGGACUUGCGCGUUUUGCUGAAAGGUAUGCGGGAUCUUUUUAUGGAAGCUAUGAAGUGA